AGGUGGACAUAGACGGCGAGAACGCUCUUUUUAAAUAUGCGGACGAUUCAAAUAUAAUAGUGCCUGUUUGGAGUGACGGUCCGGAUACAUCAACAGAUACAGUUGGACAAUUCCUGAGAUGGUCUGAUGAUAAUUUUAUGACUUGUAACCCUGGUAAAUGUAAAGAGCUUAUCAUCCGGAAGAAGGGAUAUAAUGAUCAACUCGACAAUGUUUAUAAUAUACCCCAAUGCAAAGAACUUGCCAUUUGA